AUGCUCAGGAACUCCACUGAAAAGCAGGAGUCGGAGCAGCUUGCUGUGAGGAUGGCAGAGAAUCCCCUGAAGGAGUUAAAGCCCCACACAGCCAGUGGACACGUCCAACUACGGAUCCUAGAGAACUACUGCUUUCUGGUCACCAAGCAGAAAACCAAUGUUGAGAAAGGCCUGAAUGUUUUCACAGAGAUUGCGAACAAUGAGAAGGAUCUUGUGCCUGCACUGCUAGCCAUGGCGACGGCCUACAUGAUUCUCAAACAAACCCCUCGAGCCAGGAACCAGCUCAAACGCAUAGCUAAGAUGAACUGGAGCAUUGUUGACACUGACGAGCUUGAGAAGAUCUGGCUGCUUCUGGCCAACAUUUACAUCCAGUCAGGGAAAAAUGACAUGGGCGGGGGCCUCUUGAAAAGAUGUCUUUGCCAUAAUAAGGUCAAUGUUGGGGGGUGGGUGGGUGGGGGGAGUAAAAUGGUAUUUAUUACAUUAUCUGGCUGCAUAGUGAAGAGCCAUACUGUAAAACCCUUGAUCAAAACGAAUCAGACUGGAUUUUUGUCAAUCACAGUAACGGUCAUUGUUCAUUUUCAUGCUGUAAAGCUUCUGAAUACAUUAUGGAGAAGGAGCAGGCAUUCCAGGAUGCAGCGCAGAACUAUGAACCCCACUAUAGGUAUGUUUAAGGAAAUGUUUUAUAUGCUCAUGUUUUCUUUCGGUUUUUGGAGGCUCAUCCCAAUUAUCCAAGGAUGAGGAAGGACAUCUUUGGACAAAGCUCUGGCAGCUUUGUGGUCUCGGCACACACACACAGAGAGAGAGAGAGAGAGAGAGAGAGAGCGAGAGAGAGACCGUGUUUGAUUGUUUGAUCUCAUUUGAUGUUUUUUGUUGACAUGCAUUAUUAUUCUUAAGUAUUUGGAAGUUAUUAUGGAGGAUAUUUUUCUCAUCGUGUAUCAAGGGAAUUUUGGAGAGAUGACAAACAGUGCUUUUAAUAAUCAUGUGACUACAAUACAAAACA